GCAGUUAUUUGCAACGAUUCGCGUCAGUAUCGCUAAAGCUCUUCAUUCAGUUGUAUUACAUCAAACGGUUGUAAAGAAAUCCUAAAGAGAUCUUCAACGUUCGCCAUGGAAUAUUGGUCGAUAUUGUUGUCGAUAGUGAUCGGUGUGGUCAGCAUUGAUUACCUUUUUAGAAAUUAUAAUUUAUUUAAAAGACACGGUGUUUUACACAUACCACUUUUUCCAUUUUCAAUAUUCAAAGGCAUAUUAUCGAUAUUUCGUCAAAGAGUAUUCACCGAUUUUUUUCAAGAGAUAUACAAUUUCAAUCCAAACGCAAAGUAUUUUGGAUUCUACAUCACGACAAAACCAUUCUUCUUGCUUCGCGAUCCGGAGCUCAUUAAGAAUGUCCUCAUUAAAAAUUUCGAGGCCUUCCCGGAUCGUCGCGGUUUCUCCGAAUUGAACGAUCCUUUACUGGGAAAAAAUCUGUUUUCUCUUCGCGGUGAAAAGUGGAGGAACGUAAGGACCCUGUUGAGUCCCUCCUUCACGUCCAGCAAGAUGAAAAUGAUGUUUACGUUGAUGUCGGAAUGUGCCGUGGACUUUGCAAAAUUUCUAUCAGCGUUGCCGGCGGACGAAGGCGGUACGAACAUGAAAGAUGCCUUCUCGAAAUACACGAACGACGUCAUCGCCACGUGUGCCUUCGGAAUCAAAAUCGACUCUAUGAAGGAUCCGACGAACAAGUUCUUCGUUUACGGCAAGGAGGCGACUAACUUCUUAGGGGUUCGCGGCGCAAAGUUCAUUUUUCUCAGAACUUUUCCGACAAUCGGGCGAAUUCUCAAUUUGAAGCUUAUAAGUGAUCAUGUGGCGCACUUCUUCAAGGACAUUGUAGCAACUACAAUCGCCACUCGUGACGAGAAACACAUUACGCGCCCGGACAUGCUGCAGUUAAUGAUGGAUAUACGGGGCAAAGAAGGUCACAGAGAACUAGACCUCGACGACAUGACGGCGCAAGCGUUCAUCUUCUUCUUCGGUGGCUUCGACACCAGUUCAACCGCGAUGUCCUUUGCGGCUCACGAAAUUGCAGCUAAUCCGGAGGUUCAGGCCAGGUUACAGCAAGAGAUCGACAAGAUUCUGGAGGAUUCGAAUGGAGACGUGUCUUACGAGGCCAUUAAUCGGCUCGAAUAUUUAGAUGCGGUGAUAAGCGAGACUCUCAGAAUGUAUCCACCAGUGUUCUUCUUGGAAAGGGUAUGCGAGCGAGAUCAUGAAUUACCACCCGCAUUACCGGACGAGAAACCUUUCGUCAUGAAGAAGGGCAUGGUCUUUUGGAUUCCGAUCUUCGCAAUCCAUCGUGAUGAGAAGCACUGCGAUAAUCCGGAGAAAUUUGAUCCGGAGAGAUUUUUAGACAACAAGAUGCACAAUUCUUCGUAUUACAUGCCAUUUGGAUUAGGACCAAGAAUGUGCAUAGCUAAUAGAUUUGCCAUGCUGGAGGUCAAAGUCUUGCUGUUUCAUUUAUUAGCGCGAUGCGAGCUGAAACCUAAUGCAAAAACUACGUCUCCAAUAAAAUUCAACAAAGGUUUGGUAUUGAUGCCGGAAAAUGGAUUCUGGUUGAAUAUUCAGCGUAGAAAAGAUAUUCAUCCUGUGCUGGAGUCUACAAUAAUGGAUAGUUAAGUCAUAGAAAACAUUUUAAACGGCCAUAACAUAAUAUAAAAAAGUUGUAUUUGUAAUAAAAAUUAUACGUUUUCAUGAAUGU